AUUUUACUGUUAUCAAACGCGGAGCUCAGUCAUAUUCCUAGUAAGCUCAAACAGUGGCACAUGCAGCAGAGCGCAUGUCUGAGUUCUGAACCCACGUUUAACUCCGAGACCUUUCUCAGAGAGUUAUGCACCUGCAACAACUUCCCUCACCGUCCGCAGUGUCCGACAAACCGGCGAGUGCGGACAAUGUUUUUACCCACAUCGCCGCCACCGAGGGCUCUCUGGAGAAUGAGCCAGCGUUGGAAAGACUCUCCACCGGGAUGAGAACCCCACCAAACACUAUGGACUACGUGUCCGCGGCACGGGAUGACAGAGAAAGUGCGGAAAAGUGUAAUUUGCCUGAAUCAAGCCAUGCGCGGAUGGAUUUCGACAUAUCUUCUGCUAUGUUCGCGUAUUCGGGGCAGCCUGUGUCUGCACUCCCGCCGCUCUCCGGUCCCUACAUGACACCUCACCCGGUCAUCAGCCACGGGCCGUACAAUGGGCUGAGCUAUGCAUUCUCGCAGCAGUACGGACAAACUUACCCAAACGCUGCCCUCUAUCCUGGAAUAGCCCAGGUUUACCUCUGUAACCGCGCGCUGUGGUUCAAAUUCCACAAACACCAAACAGAGAUGCUCAUUACCAAACAGGGGCGCCGGAUGUUUCCGUUUCUAAGUGUUAGAGUUGCUGGUCUUGACCCGACGUGCCAUUAUAAUAUUGUUGUGGAUGUGAUUCUGGCGGAUCCGAACCACUGGAGGUUUCAGGGCGGAAAAUGGGUUACCUGCGGCAAAGCGGACACUGAUGUUACGGAUAAUAGAGUAUACACGCACCCGGACUCUCCAAACACCGGCGCGCACUGGAUGCGUCAGGAAAUCUCUUUUGGAAAAUUGAAGCUGACGAACAACAAGGGAGCUUCCAGCAACUCUACUCAAAUGAUCAUCCUACAGUCUCUCCAUAAGUAUCAGCCGAGGGUACGUGUGAUUGAAAUAAACAAGGUUGGAGAGGAAGAUACGAGUGAUCCUGAUCGAGUACAGACAUUUACCUUUCCUGAAACACAGUUUAUAGCUGUCACAGCCUACCAGAACACAGAUAUAACACAACUAAAAAUUGAUCACAAUCCAUUUGCUAAAGGAUUUCGGGAUAAUUAUGAUAAAAGUUACAGUGGCUCUGACGCUGACCGAUUGACUCCUAAACUCGAUGACUCUUCACAAUCUCAGAUGCUACCUGGCUCACGGUACGCAAUGACAAGCACUUUAUUUCAGGAGCAGUUUGUCAACAGUUACACACAGUCCUUUUUUCCAACUCUUACCCCUGACCCUGGCCUUGCAACCUCAAACCAAUCCCAAGAGAGUAGCUUGGGCUCUGGGCAGCACUGGCUUGUGUCUUCCACUGAUGCUCCGUUAUACGAAACCGAUAUUAACACAGCAGCUCUGCUCUCUUGUGCCACUGCGGGGGACAAAGGUCUGCCUUUCACUGGUAGCACUAGUACAAGUCUGGAUUACUACACCAGUGCCGCUGGAUGGGAUUCACAGGGUUCGCUAGAGAACAGCAGUAAAACCAGCUCAAUUCUGCCUGCUUGGGUUCUAGAUGCAGGUCUUGAAAGAUUAACACAAUCGAAUUACAUUCCUGAGGAUGGAGAUAUGUUGGAAAUAGACCGGUCAGCUCUUGGAGUUUCUAAGGAGCUGGAAGGAGAAGAUGCCACAGAUUCGACAUGGACAGAAACUCAAUCUUCCAUUAAAUCUGUCAAAUCCAGUGAUCUAAGGAUUUCGUCGGAGGAUCAACAGAAAAAUCCUUCUAUCAGUCCAGUUUCUGACAUUCAGACUGCGAAAGACAUGCAGAACAGGGCCAAAAAUGAGAUUAAAGAAUCUGACUUUAUUUCAUUUUGACUCUCAAACACAAACCUGCCUGGUCUGAGUGUGCAAUUCAAAUGUUGUUAAAAUGGAAAUAGUUUUAUGAUGCUGAUAUAUGUAUGAAGCAUUUAUUUAUUUCCAUGUUUCACUGCACCAUUGAAAAAGAAUUAGAACUGACAUCCCCAACAAUUUAAAUAUGCUGCAUUUGACGGUUUAUAUGGCUAUAAUCUGGUGGUGGUGUUAGAAAAACAA